AUGGAUCAAGCAAAGCUCCAGCGUCUCCAAAAUGCCGUCCGCAUCGGUGGCAAGGGUACUCCCAGAAGAAAGGUCAAGAAGGUCAACAGAUCCGGUGGUGGUGACGACAAGAAGCUCCAGGCCGCUCUCAAGAAGAUGAACGUCCAGCCCAUCCCUGCCAUUGAGGAGGUCAACAUGUUCAAGUCGGACGGCAACGUCAUCCACUUCGCUGCCCCCAAGGUCCACGCCGCCAUCCCUUCCAACACCUUCGCCAUCUACGGUAACGGUGAGGACAAGGAGCUGACCGAGCUCGUCCCUGGCAUCCUCAACCAGCUUGGCCCCGAUUCGCUCGCUUCCCUCCGCAAGCUCGCCGAGAGCUACCAGAGCAUGCAGAAGGGUGUCGAGGGUGAGGACAAGAAGGAGGACGAUGAUGACAUUCCCGACCUUGUCGAGGGUGAGAACUUCGAGGGCAAGGCCGACGUCGAGUAA